GCAGCCAGCAGAGAGAGAGAGAGAGAGAGAGAGAGAGAGAGAGAGAGAGAGAGAGAGAGCAGCUCAGAAACAGAAAGGUACACAGAGAAAAGAGUGGACGACAGAAAGUAAGAGAAGGAGAAGAAGGACGGAGGCUCCUGAGCAUCUCUCUGCACGCGCACCUUUUCACUCCUGCACGGAUCUUAAAAACUUCUCUUCACCUUCCUCGACUUUCCUGCACAGAGAUUAAAACUUCUGCAAUUCAACUUUGAUUUUGCUUCUUUUUUUUUUGGAGAGUUUGAGAGAGACGCGAAUCCUGGAAGAGUUUUCGUUCACUUUUCAAUCUCUCUCUCUGUCUCCCCCCCCCCUCUAAGAAAGUCUUUCCACUUCAUCCCUCGAGAAGUUUUCACAAAGUUUAGCUCCAGGACUCGACUUCACUUUUUUCCACGUGUCCCGGCGUUUUGACAUAAACGUGCGUUUCAUCACCUCGAGGUUUGACAAGAGUCUCCAAGUUCCAGACUUCUUCUUCUUCAUCUUUAGGUCACUGACCCACAAACGGGACCAACCAUGAGAUUCCAAACACCAGGACAGUCCCGAGCCUCGAGAGACUCCAAAUCCUUAAAGCAUUAAAACAAGUGGUUGUGUUUCUCCACUCCGCACGAGCUGAGGUGUGAUCCUGAAGCUCCGGGGCUGCGCUGCUCACCUGUGGCACAUCCACGGCUCAGGCGACACGUUCAGCUGCAACUCUUUACGCACAGAAACGCCACUUUGUGACUGUUUGUUAAAAAACUGGAGCUCCAGUGUGUCUGAAGGAGAAAACCCCCCAGUUCAUUCAUUCUGAAAAACACACAGCCGCUUCUUGUGACUUCCAGAGCGCGUUGGAGCGCGUGAAGGAGCGCUGCGCUGUUACGCACAGAAACUUUUACGUCCAACUUUUUUUAAAUCGUCCCAAGGAUCCUGAUCUUUUUCAGAAAUAAAAAAGUUUACGCGCAGCUUUUCUGCAGCUUUGUGAACAGACGUGCCGAGCUCCAGAGAGACCCGCCGGGCUUCUCCAUCACGAUGCUGUUCGACAGCUUCGACCUCGUGUCGGCUCUGGCCACUCUGGCCGCCUGCCUGGUGUCCAUGGCCCUGCUCCUCGCCGUGUCGCAGCAGCUGUGGCAGCUCAGAUGGACGGCGACGCGGGAUAAAAACUGCAAGCUGCCCAUGCCGAAAGGAUCCAUGGGCUUCCCCUUCAUCGGAGAGACCUGCCACUGGCUCCUGCAGGGUUCGGGCUUCCACGCGUCGCGGAGACAGAAAUACGGCAACGUGUUCAAGACUCAUCUUCUGGGCCGCCCCCUGAUCCGGGUGACGGGCGCCGACAACGUGCGCAAGGUGCUGAUGGGCGAGCACACGCUGGUGACGGUGGACUGGCCCCAGAGCACGUCCACGCUGCUGGGACCCAACUCGCUGGCCAACAGCAUCGGGGACAUCCACCGAAAGAGGAGAAAGGUGUUCGCCAAAGUGUUCAGCCACGAGGCCUUGGAGUCCUACCUCCCCAAAAUCCAGCAGGUCAUCCAGGAGAGCCUCCGGGUGUGGAGCUCCAAUCCCGAGCCCAUCAACGUCUACAGGGAGAGCCAGAGGCUGUCGUUCACCAUGGCGGUGAGGGUGCUGCUGGGCUUCAGGGUGUCGGAGGAGGAGAUGAGGCAUCUGUUCUCCACGUUUCAAGACUUUGUCGAUAACCUGUUCAGUCUGCCCAUAGAUCUGCCGUUUAGCGGCUACAGGAAGGGAAUCCGUGCACGAGACACGCUGCAGAAAAGCAUAGAGAAGGCCAUCAGGGAGAAGCCGCUGUGCUCGCAGGGGAAGGAUUACAGCGACGCGCUGGACGUCCUGAUGGAGAGCGCCAAAGAGAACGGCACCGAGCUCACCAUGCAGGAGCUGAAGGAGUCGACCAUUGAACUGAUCUUUGCUGCCUUUGCCACCACCGCCAGCGCCAGCACCUCCCUCAUCAUGCAGCUCCUCCGCCACCCCGCUGUCCUGGAGCGCCUGAGGGAGGAGCUGAGGACCAGGGGCCUCCUCCACAACGGCUGCCUGUGCCCCGAAGGAGAGCUGAGGCUGGACACCAUCGUGAGCCUCAAGUACCUGGACUGUGUCAUCAAGGAGGUGCUGAGACUGUAUACGCCCGUGUCGGGGGCCUAUCGGACCGCCAUGCAAACCUUCGAGCUCGACGGAGUCCAGAUUCCCAAAGGCUGGAGCGUGAUGUACAGCAUCCGGGACACCCAUGACACGUCUGCGGUCUUUAAAGACGUGGAUGCGUUCGACCCCGACCGCUUCAGCCAGGAGCGGGGAGAGGACAAAGAGGGACGCUUCCACUACCUGCCGUUUGGAGGUGGCAUCCGGUCCUGUCUGGGCAAGCAGCUCGCCACCCUCUUCCUCCGCAUCCUCGCCAUCGAGCUGGCCAGCACCAGCCGCUUCGAACUGGCCACCCGGGAGUUCCCCCGCGUGGUCACGGUACCCGUGGUCCACCCCGUCGACGGGCUGAAGGUCAAGUUCUACGGCCUGGACUCCAACCAGAACGAAAUCAUGGCCAAGACAGAAGAUCUGCUGGGAGCAACAGUUUGAAGGGCGGCGAGUUGACGA